AUGACCCUCAGCGUUAAAACAGCAUCAUCCGCAGAGCGAUGGAAGCGGUUGGGAUAUGUAAAUGUGUACGCGUCGAACGAAUUCCUAAUUCGAGCUCAUGGCCAAGGUGUGCAUUGCAUAAUUCAUUUGCAUUCAUAGAAUCGUUUUUUGUCGGUAAAACCACAGAUGCGCACGGCAAUGUUGGAGGAAUUGAGCAAGAAGGCAUUUACGGAUACUCCAUUAAUUGUCUCUGUUAUGGGUGGAGUUGACGUAAAGACAUUGGAGAAAGAAGUUGCGACUAAAGGUUAUAUCUCACGUGGAGUAGUGCAUCUAAUGCCAAAUCUUCCGGUUUCUGUAUUUUCUGCAGCAUCGAUUAUGUGCUGUAGCUCAUGCCUGGUGGAGGAAAAGAUUGAUUUAAUUAAGUGUAUCAUGCAACAUGUUGGUAUUUGUUUGGUAGUCAAUGAGAAAUCAUUUGAUGCGGCUGGAGCAGUUGCAGGGUGUGGACCAGCUUUUGUGUUCAUGGCAAUCGAAGCAUUAUCAGAUGGGGGUGUCCUUGGUGGUAUUGAUCGUACUGCUGCAAUGAAAUUGGCUGCUCAAACUGUUAUGGGGGCGGCAAGAAUAGUAUUAGAAGCGAGUGAACAUCCAGCUGCUUUAAAAGAUGACGUUUGCUCUGCUGGUGGUAGUACGAUAUAUGGGGUGAAGGAAUUAGAAAAAAAUGGUUUUCGCUCUGCAUUAAUCGAAGCAGUGCAUGCUUCAACAAAACGGAGUUCAGAACAGGUUUAG